AAGAAUUUGUAUUACUUCACAAUUAUAUUAAGUAGUCUGAAUAUUACUAAAAUAUUAUCAUAUAUUCAAUUGUUUUUAUCUAUCUAUAUUAAGAUUCUAGAAGAUAAGUUUGGUAAAUUAGCCACUUAAAUAUGCGAAAACAUUUCUAUUUUUUACCACCCUUGAUCGUGUGUUACAGUUAAUACGUUUUUAUAGGUUAUCUUAAUUUAUAUUAUCAAAUGUUUUUUAACAGUUAACUAUUUGUUACAGCCAAGUUUGUAAUAAUUACUUUCAUUUGAAUUGCAUAAAUUUAAAAAAUUUUACUGAAAAUCCCAACGACUUGUCAAUUGUUAAUUAUUAUUAAUUAGUUACUAUACGUCUUUAUUUUCUAAUUUCUAUUUAGUUUAUUCAAAAUAGUUUUUGUUCAAAUUUAUUACACUUAUCUUGUUUAAAAAUGAAUUCUUGUAUAAUUCCCUGUGUUCCUGAAGACCCUCAAGGUGAUAACAGAUGGAUGAGUCAACAUGAACGACAUGUAUCAGAAGCCAAAGAACGCGAACCUGAUGUUAUAUUAAUCGGUGAUUCAAUUAUACAACAAUUACAGUUACGUCCCAUAUGGAAUGAUUUAUUUGAACCGUUGCAUUGUUUGAAUUUUGGAAUUGGUGGAGAUUUAACUCAAGGAGUCUUAUGGAGAAUUCAAAAUGGCAUUCUUGAUAAUAUUAAACCAAAAGUAUGUUAAGUAUUUAAAAUUUUA